AUGCCUUCCAAUGCCACUAGAAAAUCAGGACGCAAAGGCAAACAGAAUGCCCGAGGAACACUUAGCCAUGUUGCUGCCAGCCGGAUUGAGCAAUGUGAGAUUGCUCCAAGAGUAUCGCCACUUGCAGCUGGUCCAAGUGGGGCAGAGGCUCCUGGAAUGACUGUCGAGUCCCUAACGCAGGUUAUGGCAGCCAUCAACAUGAUAUACAAUUGUAUUGUUGAAGCCAACACUAGAAUUCGUUUUCUGGUUGAUGCUCACAACCAAGCCAUUGCCCAGCAAGCUCUUGUUGCAUCUUCUGUAACUCAGGGAGUAACUGCCGCCAAUGUGUCUACAAAUAGACAUACCAAAGGCGAAAUGCAUGCAAUUGUUCUGAAUCUCAUCAAUGGGAGAAUGUGGGCAAGAAACUUCCGUUCGGAUGAUCCUGAGCUUGUUGCUGAAAACGAAAGCCACAGGCAAUGGAACACAGAUGAGAGGAUUGAUCAUCCUGACAAUGUUGAGGUGAUUAAUUACCUCCGACAGUAUAUCAUUGUCCAGCCUCGCACAGCUGGGUUCUGGGAGGAUAUGAUAGUGCAGAAAAUAAAAAACAAUUACGAGGCAUGUUUUCGUGCUGUCAAUGCAACCCCCGAGCAAGCAUCUUCCAAAAGACGCAAUAAUCCAAUUGACACUGAGAUGGGAUAUAAGCCAGGUAACCCUGAUGAGAUGGCAUACUUGCAUCUCCUUGAGAAGAGUGUGAUGUCUGAUGGUGAAUUGGAAGAUGAGGACGUCACUCCUAUAAUCCGUGUGCAGGUUUUGCAGGUUGCUUGUCCUAGUUGGAGAAGUGCUGAGCUGAAUAGGCUUAUUCAGUUCAUUGAUUUCUUGGCAGCAGAGAAUGACAAGAAGAUUGCAAUAUCACAAUCAAAGCAAAGAAUGCCCAGAUAA